AUGACGUCCACCAUCGUUGAGGAAGUUGUAAAAAGAUUUGGCCAGAAAGAACCAUUUCCUGCUCGGUCUCGCGUUUCUAUAUCCCCCAAACCCCCAGAGGCCCUACAUGACGGCAGGAGCGAGGUCGGCCAGGCGGGUGCGCAUAAAGGCAUCUCCUCAAAAAGAUGGGCGGCUCUCACCGUGAUACGUCGUCGUCUCCUCCUUCCCCUUCUGCAAGCCUUCAUUCCGAAAACCCUCCUUCUUCUCCACCAUCUCCCAAACCAAAACCCUAACCCUAGAUGCCCAUCCAUUCAACCAUGGUCCGACUCUUCGCCACGUUCACCCUCCUCCCUGCCGCCACCGCCCGAUUGGCGCAUUGACCGGGAGAGCUUCACCCGUUCCUUCGAUAUCGCUGCCCUGCGAGUCCCCGCGGCUGAGUGUUCCUCGCUUGAGCGCCGACUCCGAGGCCACCUCCUCAACUGGCCACGUGUGCGCAACAUCGCCCGUGUCCCUGGCGACGACCUCGACCCUGAGCUCAAGAAGCUUAUGCGGAGCUCGGAAGGGGAUGGUGGGGAUCGGCUUCGAUCGUUGGCUAAGCGUGUGGACGGGGAAUCAGAUGGUGACGAGGAGCAUCGCUUGAGCCCGGUGCUGUAUAGGGAGAAGCUCGUGAAGGACUUCAACUGUCGGGGGUUUUUAAAUUUCAGGAAUCUCGCGAAGAUGUCGAGGCCGAAGAAGAAGAAGAAGAACAGUCUGAAGAAUGGGAAAGAAGAGGGACUGGAAGUGAAGUGUGGAGUGGGGAAGAAUGAUUUCUAUGCUGUGGAAGUUGUUGGAGAUGGUGGUGUUGGAGAAGAGGAAGAUAUGAGCGGUUUUGCUUUGGAGUGGGUUUUUGGACCAGGGAGGUGGAGAGGUCCGACGAGGCUGUUGCUGUUGGAUGAGCGAUUUGCGAAAAAAGGAGCAGAUGAACUGCCGAACGCUGUCAAGGCUGUGCUAGAAGGGUGUGCUACGCGGGAGAAGCUUUCAGUUGCUGAGCUUGUGCAAUGCCACCUGACCUUAUUUUAUGAUUAUUGGCAGAUGAAUGAGCUUCUUGAGGCCCUGCUCCCUGAGGAUAUGGUUGUUCCAACUGGUUUUGAAACAGUAGGGCACAUUGCACAUCUAAAUUUGAGAGAUGAGCAUCUGCCAUAUAAGAAUCUCAUUGCUCAGGUAGUCUUGGAUAAGAAUAAGCCAAAGAUACAGACGGUUGUUAAUAAAAUGGAUGCUAUCCACAAUGAAUACAGAACAAUGCAGCUUGAAGUGUUGGCUGGCAACCAUUCUCUUGUUACAACAGUUAUUGAGAAUGGGUAUCGUUUUCAAGUUGAUUUAGCUACUGUUUACUGGAACUCUAGGUUGGGAUCUGAGAGAAUAAGGCUUGUUGAUUGCUUCAUGGGCUCUGACAUAGUUUGUGAUGUAUUUUCUGGUGUUGGUCCUAUAGCUAUUUCUGCAGCAAAGAAAGUGAAGCAUGUCUAUGCCAAUGAUCUAAACCCUAUUGCAGUAGACUAUCUUGAAAGAAAUGUGGUUCUCAACAAGCUUGACAGAAAAGUUCAGGUUUUCAACAUGGAUGGCAGGAGGUUUAUUAGCACUGUUUUUGCCGGACAAAUCGCUCAUCCUAUCACACAAGUCGUCAUGAAUUUUGCGAAUGAUGCUGUGGAGUUUCUUGAUGUUUUCCAAGGUAUCUUGGGAAGUAAACUCAAGAAGGAUAAUUGCCAUCUACCAAAGAUUCAUAUCUAUGGCUUUUCCAAAGCAGAAAAUCCAGAGUUUGACUUCCAUGAGGUUAUGCACUGUGUGCCUGACCUCACCCAGGAACCUGUGAGCUUGUCAAAGCCUUAUAUGUUAAUAAUUGUUACUAUCUUGGGGUUGCUAUUGCUAUUCAUCCUCAAACUCUGCAAUGUUGGCACGCCUGCAAAGUAG